AUGACCAGACAUCUAGAACGCUUUAGGUUGACCGGACGGUCAUACAACGUUACUUGGGCCUCAAGCACAAAGACCGACGAUGAAACUACGGCCAAAGCCGAAGAGCAACCUACACAAAAGAAUAUAUCAAAGGCACAAAAGCGUCAUGAACAGGACCAGGAGGAUCAAAUAACCAAGACAAACGACCCACCGGAAGAAGCAGAUAAGUAG